CUUCGCUUAUUUGUCUAAAUCGCCGCAUCAUUUCAAAAACCCCAAAACAUCUUGUUUUGCUUUACUCUCGAUUCUCAUUCAUGGAGUUUCACGGUCUUCCAAGAAAGGAGCUUCAAGCUCUUUGCAAGAGGAACAAGAUUCCUGCUAAUAUGACUAACGUUGCCAUGGCUGACGCUCUCGCCGCUCUUCCACAGGUUGAGGGAUUGGGUGAAAUUAUGAAUCCAAAGGAAGGUGGUGAUAUUGGUACUCCGGCUGUUCAACCUCGAACAGCUGGUAGAACUACAACUCAAAGGAAGCCGGCGAAAGAAUCGGAAAGCUCUAAGAUCUCUACACGACCUAGCCGUGGUGUUAGAUCUGGAGUAGCUGAAGGAGAGGUUGAGCAGGAGAACAAAAAUGCCAAUGUCCCUGUUACUACUCCUGCUGUUGUGCCGUGUACCAGGAGAAGGGGUCCUGCGGUUUCUACUCGUGGAAAGAAGGAAGUGAUCAUUUUAGAUGAUGAUGAAGAAGAUGAUAAGAAUGAGGUCGAUGAAAGGCCGAAGGAUGUGCCGGCUAAAACUCCUGCUGUAGCGCCUAAAAGUAGGACAAGAGCAGCGGGCCGUUCGGUUCGCGACAAGAAAGAUGUCUCGGCUGGAACUUCGUUGCAGAAUGCUUAUAGCACAAGGAGGUCCGUGAGAGUGUUGGGCAAGAGCUUGUCAAAGGUUAGCUUGGUGGAGACUGAGGACAAGGAGCAGACCAAGAGUGAGGAUGUUUCUGACGAUGGAACUAGUUUGCAGACAGAAUCAAAUGGGGUUUCUCAGAACAAUGAUGAAGUGGAAGUUUCCUCUGUAAACAAAGCUGAAUCUGAAACCAAGUCACAUGAUUCUGGUUCAGAAGAGAAAUCUGCUGACGCAGAGGAUGUGUUGCAGGCUGAACCAGAAGUAGAGGGUUCAGAGAAUGUUAAUCAAGUGGAGGCACAUGAGAACCUAGGUUUAAAUCUGGAAGACAGUUUUGAGACAUGUGUUGAUUCAAAAGAAGCAGAAUCGGAGCAGCCUGAACUGGAAGAAUCUGGUAAUGCUGAUGGAACUGAAAAUAAGGAAAGCUUUGGAGCCAAACAAGAUCAAACUAUGGAGUUUGCUGCCUCAGAAGAGACACCUCUGGAAGUUACUGACCAAGCUAUUGGUGAUACUGCUGAAAUUGAAAAUAAGGAAACCUUUGGAGCCAAACAAGAUCAAGUGGAGGAGUUUGUUGCCCCAAAAGAGGCUCCUCUGGAAGUUGCUGACCAAGGCAUUGGCGCUUCGACUGAUGUCGUGUCUGGUGAUAUUUCUAUGGAAGUUGCUGACCAAAAGGAAGUUGCUGGCUUGUCUGUUGAAGCAUCUGAGGAAGCUUUCAAGGGGACUGCUGAACAAGCUACUGUUGGCUUGUCCGUUGAGGCUUCUGAAGAGGCUUCUAAGGAGAUUUCUCACCAAGUUAUUGCCUCUUCAACCGACCUGGUGUCUGAUGAUUCUAAGGAAGUUUCUCACCAAGAAGAUGUUGCUGACUUGUCUGUUGAAGCAUCUGAAGAAAUACCCAAGGGAACUGCCGAACAAACUUUUGUUGGCUUGUCCUUUGAGUCAUCUGAAGAAGCUUCUAAAGAGAUUUCUCACCAAGCUUUUGCCUCUUCAACCGAUGCGGUGUUUGAUGAUGCUUCUAAUGAAGUGUCUGCUGAGGUAUCUGAAGUGGCUUUUAAGGAGAUUGCCGAACUAGCAACUACUGAGGUAUCUGAAGUGUCCCUUGAGUCAUUUGAAAAAGCUUCUCAGGAGUCUUCUCACCAAGGUGUUGCUGACAUGGUAGUUGAAGAGGUAGAGAAUGUAGAGGGUGCAGUUUCUGCUAUUCUAGCAGAAAAAGAUGAAACUUCUGGUAGAGCUGAAGAUGAGGGCGAAAAAGAAAGCAGCGACGUUGAAAAGGUAAUUCUUGAACUUUCAAUGAUGGAUGUUUCUUCAAAGAAAGAGGCUGACCAGAAUAAUACAUCCCAGAAGCUGGAAGUAGAAGCUCAAGCUGAGGAACUUGGCACAGAAGGACACGCUGAACUUGAAGAUGAGAGCGAAAAAGAAAGCAACAGUGUUGAAAAGGUAACUCUUAAACUUUCAAUGAUGGAUGUUUCUGCAAAGAAAGAGGCUGACCUGAAUAAUACAUCCCAGAAGCUGGAAGUAGAAGAAAACCCUGAGCUUGAAGCGGUGGUUCAAACCAAUGAUCAGAAAACCAAUGAGUCGGUGGCUGUUGAGCAGAUAAUGAAAGUACCCAUUUGCUCGCCUCAGUUGGAAACUAAGGAAAAGUUGAAAACCAUUCAGGAUAUGAGUGUGCGGAGACUCAGAAAGUUGCUGAAAUCAGGAACCAGGGAAAUUUCAAAUGAAAUUCAAGCAGUUACUAGUGUUGACAGUGACAUGAACAAGCAGGUGCUGAAAUCAGGAACCCAAGAAAUUUCUGAUGAAAUUCAAGCAGUUACUGGUGUUGACAGUGACAUGAGCAAGCAGUUACUGGAAUCAGGAGCCAAAGAAAUCUCUAAUGAAAUUCAAGCAGUUACUAGUGUUGAGAGUGAUGUGAACAAUCCAAAUGCAAAGAAGGAAAACUCGAAAACCAUAAAUGUUCAAAAUAUGAGUAUGAGAGGUCUGAAAAAAUUGCUGAAGGAGAAGUUAGAUGGAAAACUAGCCAUGGCUGAUAAUGAUGAUGUCCAAAUGCAGGGAGUGGAGAAGAAGAGAACUGCACUGCAAGCACUGCCACAAAAUCAGUUGCCUGAGAAAAAGGCCGCGUAUUAGGAGUGAUAUUAAAGUAAUAUUAGGUGAGACCAUUUAGAAUGUGGAGUAUGAGAGUGUUAUACUUUAUGAGGUGGAGAAUCCAAACCUUGGUUUGGCUUAUGUUUUUCUCAUUUUACUUUUAAUGGUAUUAUUACAUUGUUACAAACACUUAUUGGGGCACUCUUUUAUGCACCAAAUUGCCUAUUAAUUUUAUGUUGCUUUAUUACCUGUUAGAUUUUGAAACAGUUUUUUGAUGAAAUUUAUAAUAGAUUUUGAGACAUAUUUAUGAAUCUCUAAUAAACGUGGAGUUCAAGGA